AUGUGGGUCAGUCAGGAGGGACGGGGUGAUGGUGGUGAGAGCGCGGCGGCGCGGGUGGCCCGCACGCGACGGCGUGCGCUCGCGCGACGCGCGGCAGCGGCGCGGCUGCGGCCCGGCACCCCGCCCCCCGCGCCUGGCCGCCGACACCACCCCAUACAGACGGAAUACUAUCUAGAAGAGUUGUUCGACAAAGGUGUGGAGAUGGAGGUGGGCGUGCAGACGGACCUGUUCGUGGACCGGCCCGCGACGCCCGUGUACGUGCCCGCCAAGACCGGCGCGGACGCUCACACGCAGAUCUAUCCCGGCGACGUAUGUAUUAAAUUAGCCAUCAGUAUAUCAUUAACGCUAUUCGACUUCGACCUGGAGGUACAGCCGAUCCUAGAGGUGUUGGUGGGCAAGACGGCGGAGCAGGCGCUGGCGGAGGUGGCGCAGGAGGAGGAGCUGGCGGCGCUGCGCGAGCACCAGCGGCGGUACACCGAGCUGAGGGACGCCGAGCGGGCAGAGCGCGCGCGGCUAGCCGCCCAGGACCUCAGGCUCAACGAGGAGAAGGAGCGGCGCGUGGCAGAAGCGCGAGUGGCGCGCGAGGCGGCGGUGGAGGCGCGCGAGCGCGCGGCGGCGGCGGUGCUGGUGCAGGGGUACCUGGCGGAGCUGCUGCCCGCGGUGCUGGCGGGGCUGCGGGACCAGGGCCACCUGCUGGAGCGCGCGCGCCGCGGCGUCGACGACGAGUUCAUGCCCUGGCUCCUGCGAGAGGUCUCCGCCGAGCUCGAGGCGCUCAUCACCAGCAGAGACGUGCUCACGGAGAUCGUGCGGGAUGUGGUGGAGGCUCGCGCGGAGCUGCACCGUGCGGCAGGAGAGCGCGCGCUCGAGCACGCGGAACCCGAACAGUCGCUCACGCCACCAUCGGAGCCUGACCCUGAACACGAAGAAGAAGUCAAAUCGCCGUCGAUCGAAUCGAAUAAGCACAUGUCGCUUACCCCCUCCCCUUCCCCCCCUACCGCUCCACGUCGUAGUAUUUUGAUUGCGGCUUCAAUUCGCAUCGGCGCCGCACGUGGCCCGCACCCACGCCGCGCACAUUCGCUACACUCUCCCUGA